AUGCCUCAGGAAAUUCUCUCGAAACAAACCCCUGAAGAGCGGCGCAGGGGCGAGCUGGCGCUCAGCGAGUUCGCCGACUAUGUGGCCAACGAACAAGCCCGCCGCUCUCUAGCUAACGCCCAGAACCGCGCCGCUGCGCCGAGCGAUAGCGGCUACUCGACUGCGAGUCCUUCCGUAGUGACCGAAGAGCACGCCGAACUCGACAUCCUUGACCAGCUUGGACUGAGCGAUGCUCCAAGCCACGGGAAAAUAAAAGACCUGUUGUUGGGAACGGCCGCCGGUGGCGAGGACAGCUUUCAGAACUUGGCGCGAGUGAUACAAGGCCGCAUUGACGAAGGGCACGGAGAGACCUUGUUUGAUCUAGGUCUGGAAGACAACGGAGAUCCCAUGGGCUUCGACUUGGCUCAAUGGAACACGGCGCUUCAACGGCUCGAGGAGGCUACAAACACCCUUCCUGCACACUGCCAUGUUCUAUCAACAUACAAUGUGGGCGGGCCCAAGGAAUCAGAGACAACAGCAGAAAAGGCAAAAGGAUGCUAUGGCAAGAUCUUGAUCCGCCAAGUGCCGGACCGACCGGAGGAGGUCAUUGAAACCCGUAUAGCUGUUGUGGGCAAUGUCGAUGCUGGGAAAAGUACUCUUUUGGGUGUUUUAGUCAAGGGAAACCUCGACGAUGGCCGUGGCAAAGCUCGAGUGAAUCUCUUCCGGCACAAACACGAGAUCGAAAGCGGCCGAACUAGCUCUGUCGGCAUGGAAAUCAUGGGCUUUGACAGCAGGGGUGAAAUCGUGGGCAAUGACAAGGGUCGCAAACUGUCGUGGGAGGAAAUUGGCAAAAAGUCCGCCAAAGUGAUCUCCUUCUCUGACCUGGCUGGCCACGAGCGGUACCUACGGACAACAGUAUUCGGGAUGCUCAGUAGCAGCCCAAACUAUUGUUUGUUAAUGGUUGCAGCCAACAACGGUUUGGUCGGUAUGAGCAAGGAGCAUUUGGGUAUUGCUUUGGCAUUGAAUGUUCCUGUCAUGGUUGUCAUCACCAAGAUCGACAUCUGUCCACCCCAGAUUUUACAGCAAACGAUAACCCAGCUAACCCGCAUACUCAAAUCUCCUGGGGCUAGGAAGAUCCCUAUAUUUAUCAAGAACAGGGAGGAGACGAUAAACACUGCCACCCAGUUUGUCAGUCAGCGAAUAUGCCCUAUCUUCCAAGUUUCCAAUGUCACCGGCGAAGGCCUUGACAAUGUCCGCACGUUCCUCAACAUACUUCCCCAUUAUGGUCAUUACAAUUCCGAGGCUCCUUUCGAGUUCCUGGUAAACGACACUUUCUCUGUUCCAUUUGUCGGGACUGUUGUCUCCGGCGUUGUGAAAUCCGGCGUGGUUCAUGCUGGAGAUGCAGUGCAGAUUGGACCUGAUUCCCUCGGCCAAUUCACUACUACGGCGAUCAAGUCAAUUGAACGCAAAAGAAUACCUGUGAGCGUCUGCUCGGCUGGCCAGUCUGCAUCAUUUGCUUUGAAACGUGUUCGACGAAAGGAGGUACGAAAAGGCAUGGUUGUGCUAGCCAAGAUGGACAACGCGCCUGUGGUGUACCGUGAAUUUGUGGCAGAAGUACUCAUCCUGUCUCAUGCAACAACCAUCCGUCCCAAGUAUCAAGCCAUGCUCCACGUCGGAGCUGUCAGCCAGACCUGCGCCAUUAUAGACAUCGACCGCGCUUAUAUCCGCACAGGAGACCGGGCAUUAGUUGCGUUUCGAUUCUUGCAGCGUCCAGAGUUUCUGAGUGUUGGCGAUCGGGUGCUGUUCCGCGAAGGUCGCACAAAGGGUCUUGGUAUCGUUAAGAGCACAAGCUACGAUCCGAAGCAUCCUCUGAAUCCUGACGCUGGUGAUGACGGCAAGGACAAGGGGAAAUCAGCCGCAUCAGAAACUGCAUGA